CACUCAUUCCAGAGAGUUCAUUCAACCCACACUGGGAAGUGUCUGCUGAUUAUUCUGGCUCAACUCGAUUUUCUUUAGAGCUUGUGAAAAUGGAGCCUGUGUCUGCAGCAAACACACAGUUUUCCCUCAACCUGUUCAAGAAGAUCAGCGGAGGAAACGCAUCAGGAAAUGUGUUUUAUUCUCCUGUCAGCAUCUCCUCGGCUCUGGCCAUGGUGUCGCUCGGUGCCAAAGGAAACACCGCAGAUCAGAUGUUUAAGGUCUUGGGCUUCAACAAUCCUCCCAAACCUGGUGGAGCGACACCAACUCCUGCCCAAACAACCCAGAAGCCCCAGAUAACAUGUGGAGUCAAGAGUCAACAUGAGCCACAAGAGCUGCAACAACCACAGAAGUUUGAGUUACCUGCAGACCUCAAGAAAUGUCUUGCUCAGCCGGUGCCUGGACAAAAAACUGAGGAGCAAAUUCACUCAAGCUUCAACAAGUUGAUGAGUGAACUGAACAAACCAGGAGCCCCGUAUGUGCUGAGUCUCGCCAACCGCCUCUACGGAGAGCAAACCUACCAGUUUCUUGAGAAAUAUCUCAGUGAUGCAAAAACCUACUAUGCAGCCGGACUGGAGAAGGUGGACUUCAAAAACAAAUCAGAAGCUUCGCGUGUCAACAUCAACAAAUGGGUGGAGAAAAACACACAAGAGAAGAUCAAGGAUUUGCUGCCGUCAGGAGCCAUUGAUGCAAUGACAAGACUGGUUUUGGUGAACGCCAUCUACUUCAAGGGGAACUGGGAGAAGAAAUUCCCAAAGGAAGCCACCAGAGAUGGACAGUUCAAGCUGAACAAGAAUCAAACUAAACCAGUGAAGAUGAUGCACCAGAAAGCUCAAUUUCCAUUUGUCGUCAUCCCAGAGAUAAACAGUCAGAUUUUGGAGCUGCCAUAUGUAGGGAAGAAUCUCAGUAUGUUGAUCAUCCUUCCUGAUGAGAUUGAAGACGCAACCACUGGCCUUCAGAAGCUGGAGAAGGCACUGACCUAUGAGAAGCUCAUGCAGUGGACCAAAGUGAUGCGCCAACAGGAAGUUCAAGUCUCUCUGCCCAAAUUCAAGACGGAGCAAACCUACGACAUGAAGAGUCUUCUGGUCAGCAUGGGGAUGGAGGAUGUGUUUGACCCACAGAAGGUUAAUCUAACAGGCAUGUCCUCCAGCAAUGACCUGGUGCUGUCCAAGGUCAUUCAUAAAGCCUUUGUUGAAGUCAAUGAAGAAGGAACCGAAGCGGCUGCGGCCACCGGCGCCGUUGUUUCAAUUCGUACCUUAGCGCAGAUAUUUAAUGCAGAUCAUCCGUUCCUUUUCUUCAUCCGACACAAUCCCACCAAUACCAUUCUGUUUUAUGGACGUUUUUGUUCUCCUUAAUGCUACCUUGGAAUGAUAAAUAUAAGCGCCUGCUCUGGUAAAUAAAGUCUCUAGUAAAUGA